ACCACUCGACCCCCUCCUCGUCGUCUGCGGCAGCGACAAGCCCACCUUCCCGUUGUCCCCAACAGCGACAAAGAGCAGCUACCAACCGCCGUCGUCGCCCUCCUCGUAGCAGCCGCCUCUCGCGGCCGUCUCGUUCGACGACUCGGACUCUCGACACCCUCAUCUACCCCCCUCUCUCCUGCGGCCCCCCUCCUCCACCAUGGACGAUCGCAUGCAGAGCGCAUACAACAUGCUCCCCCCAAAUUUUGCUCCUCCGGGCCUUCACCCUCAGCAGUCCCAGCAGCAGCAGCAGCAACCGCAGAUGGACGGACAAGCUUCCGUUGGCGGUCUCACGAACCCAGAGCACAGCAGGAUGUGGACGCAGAUGCAUCAGCACUACAUGAAGAACAACAUGGGAAAUGACCAGAUGAACAAUGUACCCGUCAACCAGGUUACUGACAUGCUUCGGGCCCAGCAAAUGGCGCGUCAGCAAAUGGGCCAAUCUCAACCCAACGGCCAGCAACAGUUUCCUCCCCUCAACGGUGGCCUGCAGCCUACACAUCAGGGAUUCGAUCCGUCGCAUACUCAACAGGCGCCCCAGAAUUUCGCUGGGGGCAGUACGCCGCUCAACAGCAUGCAGCGUAUACAGGCAGCGUUUCAAGCCACUCGGAACCAGCCCGCCCCGAAUGCGAACAACUACAUGCAGGCGCUUAACGGAGCUAACCCUUCUGUCAUGUCUCGCCAGCUCGAGCUGAUGGGCCUCGCUCAUAACCAGCAACCACAAAACGGUCUAACCAAUAAUCCCGCGCAACGGACGAACCAGCAGUCUCUCCAUCCUCCCCCGCACAAUAUGGGCGGUCAGCCUAUCGCCUCAUCAUCGGCCGGGUUUCCUUCCUCCCAGGCGCCUCGUAUGUCCCCUAUCCCUCCAAACGCUCAGGUUGGUCCGUCAGCAAUGCUCCCAAAGCAGCAGAUGGGCAUCCCCGGAGUGGACACGUCGGGCCCGGCGACUGCAAGGCAACUGCUUACGACCUACCAGACCCUAAAGGGUAAUUUGCAGACCGAGGAGCAGAAGAGGAUAGCGAUCGAGAAUUCUAACCAGUCGGAGGCUAUAAAGCACCAGCAGAAGACAGCAUCGAUUCAACGAAUGGAAGGGCUCAAACGGCACCUCCAACUAGUCACCAACAGGCUGACCCAGAUGAAGAAGGAGCAAGGUGCCAUGGCUAGCAAUGUGGUCCCGCCGCCUAAGCUCUUAGCGAAUGGGCGUACCAAUCCUGCUUUCCUGGCGUAUGUGGGACAACGACCGGAUUUGUUCACGAAACCUGGUCAACCUAGCCCCUCCCUUCGCAAUCAAUCUAUCCCGGCGCAGGAUGCCGCCCCUCAGCGGCAAAUACCCACGCCCAACCAGUCGAUGUUGUCUGCGCCUCAACCUUCCCCCAAUCUCAUGCGCAUGUCACCGCAUCUACCCUCAGGGACUCCUCAGCUCCAAGCGAACGUGCAGCAGCGGCAAAACGGUGGCGCCCCUCCACAGCAACCUCAGGCUGUGCCUCAAGUCCCCGGACCCGUGUCCGAAGCCAAAUUCGCCCCCCUUUGGCAGCAUGUCGCCGCUGAGCAUGGUCUUCAGCUCAACGAGCGCUGGAUGAGCUUCGACGGUCGUCAGAUAAGCCUACAUAAGCUACAUACCAUCGUAUUCACUAUGGGUGGCUACAAUAACGUCACGAAUAAUGACCUUUGGUCCGUCGUCGGCGGUCGCCUUGGCUUUGUACAAUUUCCUGGAGGCGAUCAUGGCCCGGAUCGCUGUGGGCCUGCCGCCGCUCAGCACCUUCAACAACUCUACCAGCAAUUCCUGGUCCCGUUCGACCAACGGUAUAUCAAGUUGUUCCUGGACCUUCGUAAGAAGACAGCUAUGGCGCAGAGUCAAGCCGCUCUCGGCCAGCAGUCUCAACCUUCUCAACUUCAAACGAACGCACCGAACCAGUCGCAGCCGGGACAAGUCCAGAUAUAUCCGUUCCAGACUAACGAGGUUAUGAUGAAGAAUAUGCUCCAAAAGGGGCAUCAGCCGUUUUUGGAGUUCCUUUACAAGCUUCUCCACACCUCUGAGGCGGAACUGCGACAGCAAGGCCAUCCGGAGAUUUUCAUCAACUGGUUCGAGCAACAUCGCGAUAUGAUCCGUCGUCAGUACCAGACUACGGAGGAUUUCCGUAACGGUCUCGGUGCGAAGACUCUCCCUCCGGCCAUGGGCGGUGGACCUUCCAUGAUGCAGCCCUCCAUGAACGGACAGCGUCAGGCCCCGCCUCCUUCCAUCCCCGGCCAGCAGCAGCAGCUGUCCCAGCUUCAGCUCCACCAACAGCAGCAGCAACAACAACAGCAACGGUUCAACGCCAUGAACGGGAACAUGCAGCAGCUCGCAUCGGCCGGACAAGGCUCCUCUCAGCCAAACCCCGCGCAGCAGAAUCUCCUCAACAUGCAAAUGGCGAUGAACAACCUGAACGGACAGCAGCAAUCGCAGAUCAUGGGUAGACAGAUGGGUCCGAACGGCAUGAUGAACGGUGGGCAGCCGCCGAUGCAUCCUCAACAUCUCCAGGGUCGUCCGCCACAGCAGGGCGGGCCACCGACCGCGCAACCGCGUCGACCAAUACAGCGUCCCUCUCCUGAUCAGCUCCAAAACGCCGACAAGGUUAUCAAGGAGCUUCAGCAGCAAUGGAUGAUAUCGCAACGUGGCGGCGCUAACUUUGCCUACAUCAACGUUCCCGAGCACCAGCGCACGCAGUAUAAUGAGGCCCUUGGUCGUCUAUCAACUGCGGUCAAGGAUUUCGAGCACAAGAUGCCUAUGUAUUUCGCCAUCUCGCAGAGCCUCGAGCAGAUCAAGAAGCUCGUUAUCAUCACUCUGUCGACAAAGUUUCAGGAGCACCAGUGCAGUCAGAACAGUAAUCGCUACAUCGUCGACCUUGACACGCUCCGUAGCAUGCUCUCUACUAUCCAGAACGCCAACAAUGGCUUCAUGCAGAUGGUGACCGCUAUCUCUGUAAUGGAAGCCCAGCAGCGCAACGCCGCCGGAGGUGGUCCUCCUCCACAACACGGAAUGCACGCCCUGUCGCCUAUGCCACCGCACCAGCAACCGCCGCUACCUCAACGGUCUCCUGCGCCGCGCCCCAUUCCUGCUCAACCUACCCGGAAGCCGUCUCAGACUUUUCCGCCUGGUCUCACGCCUGUCGUUUCCAGCGCUACCCCUCCCCAGUCGGCUGUGACGCCGAGCGCCCAGGCGGUCACGCCCUCCAUGGCGGCGGCCUCGCCUCAGACGCCCAAGUCGCCGAAGACCAAGGCUGCACCGAAAAAGACGCGUCGCAAGGCGACUAAAGCUGCAGCGCCAUCUCCUGCAGAGACGUCCACGGCUGCUGCGGCUACUCCUGCUACGCCCGCCACACCUGCGGAUGUCAAGGUCAGCGCGAAACGUGCUAGGGAGGACGAAGGCCCAUCGGCAGGAGAGGCGAGCACUUCGGCACCGUCUCCGAAGAGAGUCAAGGCCGAUACGGAUGGUCCGCCCAGUGACACCCAGGCGCAAAGGGAGAAGGACGCCGAGAACGCUGCGAGCGGGUCAGACGAGGAUUUGAUCGCGUUCCUCGAGAACAUCACGCAGUAUACGAAUACGACCAACCCAGAGGGCUCGCAAGCAUCCGUGGGCAGCUCUGAAUUGGGCGAUGUGCUCAACGAACUUCUCAAGGCUUAUCCAUCUACUGACGUCGAGGCGAAUGGCGAGGGCUCUUCGUCGAGUGCACUUGGUGGCUUGGAGCUGGAUGGGCCACAUCCACUCUCGCCACCGUCUAGUCAGCUACCCGACCCUGAUCCAUUUGCAGAAUACUUUGAUCUUUCCUCCUUCGACGACGUCAGCGUGUCCAAGGCGCCGACGCCUGAUCUCGUUCAGACUUCGUCGACGAACCCUAGUCCUGAGUCAGGUUCUGAGGCGGACGCCGCUGGCCACUUGACCGCCAUGCAUCACAUUGGGAACGCAUCGCCACACAUCGCGGCUGUUGGCCUCGACGAUAGCGAGGAGGACCCUCUGCGUCUGGGUAUCUGGAAGGAGAUCGACGGCGGUGAGGCUGCAUUUUAUCAGGCUAGUGGAUGGAAGUGGGACGCACCCAUGCCGACGUCGGAGCACCCAUGGGCAAUUUCUUCAUAGAGGACGCUUUAUGUUUCCUUUUCGCUGUCGCAUUCUCUUUUCCUUUUCCUCUUUCUUUUUCAUCUAUGUAUUCCGGCUCUCGUACCCUUUGUCGUUUGUCGCUUCGCUUCUCUCCCCCGGUCUCUUCCGUUUUGAAUUAUUAUAUGGUAUAUUUGUAGUUGGUCAUGGAUCUACGCCGAUUCUCUUACUCAUCUCAUUUUCUUUCUUCUCAUUUCUUCCCUUUUUUCACGCCUCAAUUUUGUCUGCUUGCCACCCCCAUCCCCCGCACCGCUUCUCCUUCUCUACCGCCGAUCUCGCGUCGCUGUUCCCCUUUUUUGAUUAUUAUUUU